CUUGCAAACCUGACCUUUUUUAUGCAUCCUUUUAUUCCGUUGAGUGAAUUCUCUGAUGCUGCUGUGAUGAAGAAGUAUGCAGUGAAGCCAGAUGCUGAAACUCUUGACAUUGUCAACACUGCCGCUAGGAAAACGGUUACAGUAGUGAUGAAGAUAUAUUGGGGAGAUCCUCGUGAGAAGAUUUGUGCAGCAGCUGAACAGAUUCCUCUCUCAAGCCUUGUGAUGGGUAACAGAGGCCUUGGUGGUCUUAAGAGGAUGAUUAUGGGAAGUGUAAGCAACCAUGUCGUUGUCAAGGCUCACACCAGAGUUUGCUCGCAGAACUCUAAAUAACCAUCGUAUAUUCUAUGAUUUGUGUUUGUGGUCGAAAUUUGUAUUGUUAACUGUUGUGUGACUGGAGUAUUGUUCAUCUGUAUGGGUAAAAAACACUUCACCUUCUAAUAAAUACAGAAUCUUGUG